AAAUAGUUAAAUAGACGGGCUAUCGAUCAUUGUUGUACGACAGCGCGAUGCGUUCUCACAGCAAUAUGAUUACCCUGCAAUUGUUGAUAAGUGCGUCUCUGCUAUUAUUAGCAGACUGUUACAUAGUUGACCCUGGUCCGACAGUGAUAGCCACGAAAGGAGAAGUAUGGCCAAAACCCUACAGCCAAUACAGCUCUGAUAAAUUUUACGUUGUCCGACCAGUUCUGUUUGAAUUUUCGCUGACAACAGACAACCAGUGCAACUUUUUGCAAAAUGCCUUUAGUAGAUAUCACAAAAUCUUGGCAGCCGAGUCCAAUAGAGGCAAGAAAAGCUUUUCAUUUUUCAAACACCUUCUUUAUAAAAAGCAAUGGCAAGUCGAAGAAAACUUCCUUGGGUACUUGGAUAAAUUGAAUGUUAAAUUAGAUGGAAGCUGUACAGAUGGUGAAUAUCCAACUUCUGCCAUAAAUGAGAAUCUGACAACAGACAACCAGUGCAACUUUUUGCAAAAUGCCUUUAGUAGAUAUCACAAAAUCUUGGCAGCCGAGUCCAAUAGAGGCAAGAAAAGCUUUUCAUUUUUCAAACACCUUCUUUAUAAAAAGCAAUGGCAAGUCGAAGAAAACUUCCUUGGGUACUUGGAUAAAUUGAAUGUUAAAUUAGAUGGAAGCUGUACAGAUGGUGAAUAUCCAACUUCUGCCAUAAAUGAGAAAUAUAAUUUAACAAUCAAUGAAGAAGGCGCCGCAUUGGUGGCUCCUACAAUUUGGGGCAUCCUGAGAGGUCUAGAAACAUUUUCCCAACUGAUAUAUCUAGGAGAUGACACAAUUUCGUUAAGGGUCAAUUUAACAGAAAUUAAGGACCAGCCACGAUUUUCACAUCGCGGUCUGCUUUUGGAUACUUCAAGACAUUUUAUGCCAGUGGACAUUAUUCUUGUAAUGCUGGACGCUAUGUCUUACAACAAAAUGAACGUUUUCCACUGGCAUAUUACAGACGAUCAGAGUUUCCCUUACGUAAGCACGAAAUUUCCAGAACUUAGUGCAAAAGGGGCAUAUGCCUCUACCUUGGUGUACUCCCCAGCUGAUGUUAAGGAAGUGAUAGAAUACGCAAGGCUAAGAGGCAUUCGCGUGGUCCCAGAAUUUGACACACCAGGACAUACGAGAUCUUGGGGCGAAGGAAAAAAAGAUCUCCUCACUGAAUGUUAUACCGACAACAAACUUAAUAAGACUGGAAAAUUGGGACCUAUAGAUCCAACGAAAAAUAGUUCCUAUGAAUUUUUGAAAGAUUUCUUCCAAGAAGUUGGAGAAGUUUUCCCCGAUUCGUAUAUACACCUUGGGGGAGAUGAAGUCGGUUUCGAAUGUUGGCGUAGUAAUCCAGAUAUUGUGGAAUUUAUGGAAGCUAAUAACAUGUCCGAGAAUUUUGUAACGCUUGAGAGUUAUUACAUCCAGAAGUUGAUCAACAUUGUGGAUAAUUUGAACUCCGAUUCCAUCGUAUGGGAAGAGGUUUUUGUUAAUGGAGUUGUUUUGCCACAGGAGACUAUCGUUCACGUUUGGAAGGAGUUGUGGCAGUGGACACUGAAAGGAGUUGUAGAGUCAGGAAGACAAGGUCUUCUCUCUGCUUGCUGGUACUUGGACCACAUGUCUUCCUACGUCGACUGGCACGAUUUUUAUGCCUGUGAUCCUUAUGCUGCCACAGACAAUGAAGAACAUCAGAAGUUAAUUCUUGGUGGCGAAGCCUGUAUGUGGGGAGAAGAAGUCAACGAAUAUAACGUUGUAGCUAGAGUUUGGCCUAGAGCAUCGGCAGCCGCUGAGAAACUUUGGUCCACUAAAAAUGUUACGGAUGUUACCGACGCUUCUAAAAGAUUAGAAGAACACACGUGCAGGAUGAACAGGAGAGGUGUGGGAGCUCAACCUCCCAAUUAUUCAGGAUUUUGUCUAUAAUUGUCUAACAUUUGUGCUUAUAUAUUAUUUGGUAAAUAAAUAAUCUUGAAAUUA